UGUCCCCUCCGUCUCGUGUACUUUCCCCGGGGACUUUCCCCUCGUUGUCGGAGGGAAGGGAGAGCGCGUGGGGCCGCUCGCCAGGGAGCUUGACUAAGUAAGAGUCACUCACCAUUUCAGAAAAUCAUGUCACAGACAACCGUGCCCUGUGUGAUAUUUGUGUCCCCAGAAUCAAUCUACGUUUUCGGCUCUCGCUCUCACAGCGAUUCUACUGGAAGCCUUGUUAACUUUGUGUGCCAUACCUGCUUCAAGAGGCAGGAGAAGCUUCAUCGCUGUGGACAGUGCAAGUUCGCCCACUAUUGUGACCGCACCUGCCAGAAGGAUGCUUGGCUGAACCACAAGAACGAGUGUUCGGCCAUCAAGAGAUAUGGGAAGGUGCCCAAUGAGAACAUCAGGCUGGCGGCCCGCAUCAUGUGGCGGGUGGAGAGAGAGGGCACUGGGCUCACAGAGGGCUGCCUGGUGGCUGUGGAUGACCUGCAGAACCACGUGGAGCACUUCGGGGAGGAGGAGCAAAAGGAGCUGCGGGUGGACGUGGACACUUUCUUACAGUACUGGCCGCCCCAGAGCCAGCAGUUCAGCAUGCAGUACAUCUCACACAUCUUUGGCGUGAUUAGCUGCAAUGGCUUCACACUCAGUGACCAGAGAGGCCUGCAGGCAGUGGGUGUGGGCAUCUUCCCCAACCUGGGCUUGGUGAACCAUGACUGUUGGCCCAACUGCACCGUUAUAUUUAACAAUGGCAAUCAUGAGGCAGUGAAAUCCAUGUUUCACACCCAGAUGAGAAUUGAGCUCCGGGCCCUGGGCAAGAUCUCAGAAGGAGAGGAGCUGACCGUAUCCUAUAUCGACUUCCUUAACGUCAGUGAGGAGCGCAAGAGGCAGCUGAAGAAGCAGUACUACUUUGACUGCACGUGUGAGCACUGCCAAAAAAAGCUGAAGGAUGACCUCUUUCUGGGGGUGAAAGAUGACCCGAAGCCCUCUCAGGAAGCGGUAAAGGAAAUGAUACAGUUGUCCAAGGAUACACUGGAAAAAAUUGACAAGGCUCGCUCUGAGGGUUUAUACCAUGAGGUUGUGAAAUUGUGCCGGGAGUGCCUGCAGAAGCAGGAGCCAGUGUUUGCCGACACCAACCUCUACACGCUGCGGAUGCUGAGCACUGUUUCGGAGGUCCUCUCCUACCUCCAGGCCUUUGAGGAGGCCUCGCACUACGCCAGGAGGAUGGUGGAUGGCUAUAUGAAGCUCUACCACCCCAACAAUGCCCAGCUGGGCAUGGCCGUGAUGCGGGCAGGGCUGACCAACUGGCAUGCUGGGAACAUUGAGGUGGGGCACGGGAUGAUCUGCAAAGCCUAUGCCAUUCUCCUGGUGACACAUGGACCCUCCCACCCAAUCACCAAGGACUUAGAGGCCAUGCGGAUGCAGACGGAGAUGGAGCUGCGCAUGUUCCGCCAGAACGAGUUCAUGUACCACAAGAUGCGUGAGGCCGCCCUGAACAACCAGCCCAUGCAGGUCAUGGCAGAGCCCAGCAAUGAGCCAGCCCCGGCUCUGUUCCAUAAGAAGCAAUGAGGACCGGUCUGGUGGGGGAGGGGCACCGUGGCUGGGGACCUGGGGAGACGUUCUGGAGGUGGUAGGUUUCUGGGAAGACCCUUGAUGAGGAAGUCGGGGUCAUGUUCACGCUUGUUGCUGUGGGUGUAUACUGCUUUAUGUUCCUAAGUUCAUUUUGGUUCAUUUAAACUCAGUUCGAUUCAGUUGAACUCUACCCCAGCCCAGCCCAGCCUCGCCCAAUUUAUCCUGUAAAUAUUUAUUGGGUGGUAGACCCAAGGGAUAAAGAGGCUUCAAAUGUAGCUGGGCAGCCAAAAUGUAAACAAUUAAAGCACAGUAUAAUAAUAAAUGCAAUGAUAAACUA